GAGGAAAGGGAGGGGCGGAAACCGAGAGUGUGUGCUGUGCAUGACUCACGAGUGCUGGGAGAAAAAGUAUAGCUGCUUACAGACGCAGUUUCAGACGCCUCAACAGCCUCUGCCAAAGCUUGAAUUUCAAACUUUAAGUUAGCAGCGUGCGUCCGUUUUGUCCACCUUAGAAGUUAGCUUGGGGGGGGAAAGUCGAUUAGCACAGCUAGUGAGGUUUCUGUCACGCUCCGCUUCGCCCAGUCUGUGGUUUCUUACAGGUACAGUAGCCAGUGAGUUAAUCAGCACUAACCAUGAAUAAUUCAGACAUGGUGCCUUCGACAACACUCUCCACAUAUACGAACAAAACGGUGACAGAGGCAUCAGAUAUGGGGCCUUUAACAUUACUUCCCACACAAGCAGACACCACCAUGAUUCAGGCGGUAACAACUGCAGCUCCCACAAGUCCAGACUCCGCAGUUAUUGCAGUGGUUAUUGCUCUCAUCCUGCUGACAUUAGCUGGUUUGGCUUUCCUGCUUUACCGGUAUCUCUGCCACAACAAAGGAGACUACAGGACGACAGGGGAGCUGGCUCCAGGAGAGGAUCCUGAUGAGGAGUACAGUAACCAGGCUUUGAGCGAAAAGAAGGAAUACUUCAUAUGAACCUGGUGCAGACUUACAGGGAGUGAGUGGGGCUUACGAAAGAAAAAGGCUCUGUGGAAGACUGAGAAGAACUCAGACUGUUUUUUUCCAUAUGUGUUUUGAGGGAAGGCCGCUACUUGCUGCACAAGGGGCAGAGAAGAACCAUGUUUUAAGAUUUUGUUACAAAAGAUGCAAAUGUGCACAAACAAUACCAAAGAUAAGAUUGUUAUAGUAAGACUUACUAUUGAUGGACGAGGAGCAGGUGACAGACAACACAGUUCAGAUUAGCAGAGCUAGCCAUGAAACAGGUGGUGGGAUUUUAAAAUGUCUGUUACAUCAUCAGUGAAUACUCAGUAACAAUCAAAAUGUAAGAUUAGCUUGUCUGCCAUAUUAUUUAUCUAUCAGCCAUGUUUCAGUUUUUCUCUGUAGCAUUUGCAAUAUGUUGUUUCAUUCAGACAUACUGUAUUUUUCCCCAAACAAACCUUGUAUAAGACAUGUUCUGAGGCUAAUGGGGGCAGUCACUUUUUUUCCAUUUGCUUUUAAAAUGAUAGUUUUUCUAUGCAAUUAUUUUAUAAGCUAGUCAAAAACAUGUCAUCCUUUUAAAGAGAGGACAGCUAAACAUUGCUGUACGUGGUUUUGUUUUGUAUAAUUCCUUAUUGCCAGGCAUGGUUACUGAUGACUUCCCUAUUUGAGAUAAAUAUUGAAGGCAAUAAAACUUGUUUUUGGACUAGUGUCAUUA